GCAAACAGCGAUGGGGCAAUGCGGAUGAAGACGCCCCUCAAACCGAGCCCCGCUGGCUCCUCAUAGGUCACGUGACUGAAAGGAGGGGACAAGAAGUGGAGGAAAGACCAGAAAUCCAAGGUGAGACCACCUCCAGCACCUCAUACCUGCAGCGGAGCUCCCCAUCGCACACUCGGGACACUGGGAUGCGUUUCCGCCUCCACCCAGCAUCCUCCUAGGACUCGCUUCCACCCUCAUCCGUGGACUAAUGCUGAACGUCGGACCAGCUCUGACAUGUUCAGCGCCGGGCAGCUGGUCUCCACUCUCCUGCCCGCGGUUUUCCACUCGCCCGCGGCCCCCUUUUUCCCGGCGUUCCCGCACCGGCUGGGCUGCUCUCCCAUCCUGAUCCCGGGGCCCCUCCUCAACUACGAGUCCCUGAGGAGCUACCUGCAGCCGGAGCCGCGCAAGGACGCGCUGCUGCUGGCCGGCACCGGGCCGCUCCCGGAGGCCGCGGGUGAGUCCGGCGCCGCCCGACUGCGGCGCCAAUGUUUACAAAAGACCGGCUAACGGCUCGUGACUAACAAUCAAUUAUCACGCGUCAGGCGUUAACGUGUGCCUGACGACGGCGGUGCUAAUUAGCCGAUCUGCGGCCAAUUAGCUCCUCGUCACCCGUUGGCGGCGGCGUAAUUGGUGCUCGCGCUGCGCUUUCCAGAUGAACAGAGGCCAGUGAAGCAGCGGCGCGCCAGGGCCAACUACAGCAGCUGGCAGCUGGAGGAGCUGGAGAAGGCGUUCGAGGCCACCCACUACCCCGACAUCUUCAUGAGGGAGGCCCUGGCCCUCAGGCUGGACCUCAUCGAGGCCCGAGUCCAGGUUUGGUUUCAGAACCGCCGGGCCAAGAUGAGGCGGCAGCUGAAGCUCCAGGGUCAACUGGCCCGCCCCCGCGGGACCGGAGGCGCCGGCGGGGCGCCCGAGGAGGCCGGCGGGCGCUCGAACCACGCGGGAGGCUGCGGCGGCGAGCGCUGGCGGCGGCGGCGAGCGGAGGACGGCCCGUGGACCCCGCGGCCCGAGACCCGGGGAGAGAGGCCCGAGGGCUGGAGCCCGGAGGAGCGGCGCUCCUGCAGCAUCGCCGAGCUCAGGGCCAAAGCCAGGGAGCGCGUGGCCGAGAUCCACGGCGCCGCCAGCGCCGAGGCGCAAGCGCAGGAAGACGGAGCCACGCGCGGCCAUUAGUCACGGCCCUUCCUUCCUGUUGGUGCAGAACCAGGAGGAAAUAACCGGCUACUGUAUGAAAUCACUGAGGAGCUUUAAUGUUUAGUUGUUAAUUAUACUAUGCUGAGUGUUACAGUGUCUUCAUGGUCCUCCCAGCUAACUCUCGUCUUUAUGUUUGUAACUGACCCAAUCUAUGGGACGUUUCUGAACCCUGUAUUUAUAAAGAUGCUGUUCUUCUACCCGUUUCCUGCUCUAAAUCAAAAGCACGUAUCACGUCCGGGGUCGUGAGCGGAGAAUGAGGCGACGAGCGCUGCGUGACCGUGUCGUGACACAACAGCAACAGGAUGCGGCCCGGCCCGUUUCCAGAUGAGCCGCUCGUCCCUGACCUCUCAGGUCGCCUUCGCUGACGGGCAGGAUGUCCGCACGCAGCCGCACGUCCUCACAGGAAACACGGGAAAUAGCUGGAGGAUGAAAUAACGCUCACUGGUUCCACGCGACCUACUUCAGACGUGUUCAGCUGCUGUAGCACGAAUGCUGUUUCCACCGAUUAAGGCAAAAUAAAUUACUUUGAUGAUUAAUCAUCCUAUAACACAAAACAAGAGUGAUGAUGCACAUGUUAUUACCUGGGAAUGGUACAAAUAUUCUAAGUGUGUAUUCGCUGUACAUUUGACCGCAUGUCUUGAACCAGUGCAGCUUGACACCGCCCCCUACUGGGCGCCAACGUGUCCUCAGACAGGACGGAGAUCCACGGCUCCGUUUGAAAAAUGUACACUCCUCUCGCUGUGAGAAUUA